AUGGACGACUCGCUCCAUCACCGGGCCAACUUCCCCUCCAACCUUGCAAUCUCCUGCGAGCGCCGGCCAGGCCGGGAGGACUUGUGCGCCAAGCAGAACCACUUUGGCGACAACCUGGCCGCAUUCGGGAUUGCUGCCAAAACUUGGGACGCCUCCUUUGCGCCUCUUGACUACUUGCUCCCGCCCAGGAACACCGACUGUCUGCGCAGGAGACCAAGAAUGGAGAAACUGAAAUUGGUACUUGGCACCAUCACCGUCCAGCGAUCAACUCGUCCUUUCGUAGUAUCUUCGCACUUUCGCCUUUAUUUUUAUCUCGCGCUAAUCUUCACGUCCUCUCUCGAUAACCGUUUGAAGCCCCAAGUCGGCACCAAGGUCUUCUCGCAGAACUUCAAAUUGAUAAUCUCUGAUUCGAAGACACUUGACUCUGCCAUUCCGAUUGCGAGAACCAAGCUCUUACUGCUAACUCAAAACACUUGGCGCUGUCACUCCGAUUGCGCGAAUCAAGCUCUAAAAGUCAGAGUUUUCAGAAAACAUGGGAGUGCAAUCAGCUACGGCACGGGCGGCUCCUCGUAG